AUGUUCCCAAUCUUGAUACUCUCCUCAAUAUCUGUAGUUUGGUGUCAACCGGCAGGAGAUGUAUUUCGAAGUUUCGCCAACUAUAUUCCCGAAGAACACCGUGCAACACAUCAUGCUUGGCAGAAUUCGGGUAAUUUUAAGAAGAUCUCAUGAGGUCCUUCAAAGUCCAAAUUGUAUAUUGAAUUCAACAUUUUCAUAAUUUUUAGUCGAAAAUUUGAAUUCAGGUUGAAAUUUGGAUUCAAAUGAGAUCUCAGAAGGCCAGACUAUUUUUUUUAGAAAAUUUAAUUCUAGGCUUAUCGGAUAUUAUUGGAACCUAAAUUUCACGCUGAAUUUCAAAACUUCAGAAUUUUCAGCUGAAAAUUUAAAUUCAGGUGGAAAUUUGAAAUGUUCUUUGGUUUUUUGAAGCGAAAUAGAGAGACGCAGAGAAAGACAAAAAACAAACAAACAAACAUUGAGACAGUAGAUCAAAAAAUCAAAUUUGUUUUUUUUGCAGGAAAAUUUCAAGGCGAUAUUGAUGGAAUUGAUCCGAAUCUCUUGCGACUUCCGGUAAGUUUUUUCGAAUUUUUUCAAAAAAUUGAAUUUUGAAUUCGGGAUGAUGGAAUUCGCAUUCUAAAUAAAUCCCAUAAGCCGAGAAUCAAAUUUUCAAAAAGAAAAAAAGGACCAGGCUUAUGAGAACCUGAGUUUAAAUUUUUGAUUGAAAACUCUAGAAAUUUUGAAUUCGGAUGGAAUUUUGGUUCUAAAGAUGUCAAAUAAUCCCAAAAUUAAAAUUUCUAGGCUCUUUAGAACAAAAAUUUCGACCUGAAUUUAAAUUUUCAGCUGGAAAAUUAAAAUUUUUCAGGAAGGUCCAGUUUUGUUCAACGCACUCAAAAACAAACAGCUCACUUGGGAAAACGGUAUAAUUCCCUACGAAAUGGACACGGCUUUCUGUGAGUGAGUUUUUCCCCCCUAAAGUUAGAGAGCACAGAGAUUCGAGAGAGAGUCCAGACAGUUAGAGAACAAAGAAGUCGCAAUUUUCAGCCGCUUCUGAGGUCAAAAUUCUGGAAAAAGCAUUCGAGAGUUAUCGAAAAUCCACGUGUAUUCGAUUCGAGCCGCGAGAAGGACAGACCGAUUAUUUGAAUAUUGUUAAAGGCUACGGGUAGGUGCACAGUUUUGUGGGCGGAGCCUAUUUUGAAUAAAAAUAAGAAAUACUAUCAUCUAAAGGUGCUACUCACAAGUCGGAAGAACUGGCGGAAAACAGGAAAUUUCGCUGGGGCGCGGUUGCUUUUUCCACGAGAUUAUUGUGCACGAAUUGAUGCAUUCGGUGGGAUUUUUGGCACGAACAUUCGAGAGCUGGUAAGAUUUCAUGUGGAAAUUUGGAUUUGGUACAAAAUUUUGAUCUAGAAACUUUUUGGCACUAUUGGAAAAUCGCUCGCUACGCAGCAAAAUUUCCUUAUAGUGUAAAAUUGAUACAGAGUGAGGAUUUCUGUUGUUCAGAACUACGAGUCUUGCGGGGUGUCUUUCGAAUCGAAAUUUUAUGAAAAAUCCGAAAAUCUAGGGCUCCGUUUCAACAAAUAAAUUCGCUGAGCAGCAACCCAACAGGCUUGUGAGGUGUCUUUCGACGCCAAAUUUCAAAGAAGAAUACAAAAAUCGCAAUUUCCAGACCGCGACGAUCACAUCAAAAUCCUAUGGGACAACAUUUUGCCGGGAAUGAAAUCGCAAUUCGACAAAAUCUCCGCGGUGCUACAGGAUCUUCAAGGCGAAAACUACGACUACAAAUCGAUAAUGCACUACGAUAGCACGGCAUUUUCGCGAAACGGAAGAAAUACCAUUGAGACUGUUGAGGAUGGAUUUACGGAAGUUAUUGGAACUGCACAGGAUUUAUCACCGUUGGAUAUUGUUAAGGUGGGAGAGAGAAAGUGAGAUACGCAGAGAAAAAGCUUAAAAAAAUCGAUAUUGUAAAAAAUAAGCUAAAAAAUCGAUAACUCGCGAAAUUUCCUUCAGAUCAACAAAUUGUAUCAAUGCAAACCCUCCCAAAAAUCUUCCAAAAAGCUCACAGGCCGGCCCGCUACAGUAACCAGGCCUGAAAAAAUCGUGGAUCCGGGGACCGAAAAAUGUGUGGAUCAUUUCGCCGACUGCCCACAUUUUUCACAAUACUGCACACGGGCCUCGUUUUUCUUUGUGAUGAAAUCGUAUUGUCCGUUCACGUGUAAACAUUGUCCGGGCGAUCGGACUAAAAAGUCCGGUUAG